CUUCGUUUCAUUACCUACGUUGUUGUCAUUUCAUUGAUAAAAAAUUGAUCGGGUAGCAGGCAGGCGACAAAGUGAGCGCGUAAGUGCGGAUAACUUAAAACAGAAUUAUUGAUUUUCAUUAAAAUAUCACAUUUGGUACGAGUAUCAACUGAGUGAAAGUGAUUGUGUAAUUUUGUGUCUCGAUGUCAACACAAUCUAAAACAAUGCCGAUGUUAGAUCUAAAAGUGUAUGUGAGAGUCGUCGCUGCCGUAUUUUCUAUAUCAUCGGCCACAGCAUUUGUUCUAGCAUUAAUGCGCCUCCUCAAUCCAGACCUAUUUUACCUAGAUCCUUUAGAAGGAAAUGAGAUAGGUAAUGAUGCUCUAGGUGUCCACUACUUCAUAUCAGGUCUAAUGAUAGUGACAAGUGGCAUAGGUUUCCUAAACAGCUGUGUGACGAUGAACCGCAGUGCCAGCCAGAACACAGGUCGGAACAUCACGACCUGGUUGUUACUGGAUUCUCUGUUUGAAACCACGCGUGUGAUCUACGUAUUUGUCUGCGAAAUCUUGCUAAAAGGGAAGGGUCCAAUGCAAUUGUACGAGUUGCUGAUCAGCGCUGCGCAAUAUCUAUUGGACAGCUUUCUCUACUGCCAAAUGAUACUGCGACACUAGUAUAAGGACAAUAUCGUUAAGUUAGGCGAUACUAUAGUUGUCAUCCUUAGGAUGCGCUCUUCCGCCGCAGAGGCUGAUAAAUUAAUAUAAUU